CGCUCUGACCCCCGCCUGCUCUCCCAGUUCUUCUUUGCCGAUGAGAGGGUGACACGGGUGGUAGCUGAGAUCAACGGGCUGGAUGCAGAGCUGGACCCACAACAGUACCUGGUGCUCCUCAACCAGCUUCACCUCAGCCAGGCUCAGCUGCUGGCCGUUCUGGAGCGGAUCAUGGAGGAGUGCAUCCCCACGCAGCGGCACAGCCGUGACUACCUGGUCAAGUUCCCCGAGGAGCUCUUGGUGGAUAACCUGGGGAACCACAUGCUGUUUGCUGCUGAGUGCCUCCUGGCUGGGACCUUCUUGGAGGUGGAGGAGGCAGAUGGGGCUCAGCUGCGGCCUCAGGCCCGGAACCUGCUGUGCAGCCUGGAGCUGGUGCGGACGGUGCUGCGGGAGCAGAGCCUGAGCCAGCCCAGCUCCUACCCAGAGCCCGUCCAGGCUGCACUCGUCCAGUUCGACCGGCUCUUUGCGGAGUUUGAGCUGAGCUAUGUGUCCUCGCUGGUGGCGGUGAAGUCUCCUGAGGAGAUCUACAGGCAGCAGGAGAUCAUUGUGCUCUUCUGCGAGACGGUGGAGAGAGCCCUGCGCCUGGGCUACCUGACCCAGGAGAUGAUUGAUGGCUACGAACCGCUGCUGAUGUUCACCAUCCCUCGUCUGGCCAUUAUCAGCGGCCUCCUCAUCUACCCCGAGGGUCCCCUCAGCCUGGAGCAGAGCCCUGAGCAGAUGUCUCGGGUCUUCAGCCCCUUCUACAACCUCCUGAGGAAGAUCAGAGACCUGCUGCGGGUGCUGUCGAUGGAGGAGCUCUGCUUGCUGGAGAGGAGCCUGUGCUCAGCUGAAUCAGAGGAUCCCUGUGGUCCAGCCACCCCCACAGCCCCCCAGCCUCCCGGGAGCACCCCAGGGCUCAGUGCCACCCCGGGUGCCCGCUGCUGGGAGCUGCGCUCUCGCUAUAGCAGCACCAAGGACAUGCUGCACACCCUCUUCGUCUGCAUCUCGGGGGUGGCAGAUCAGCUCCAGACCAACUUUGCCAGUGACCUGCGGAGCAUCUUGAAAACAGUUUUCAAGAUCGUGGCCUCGCAGGUGGAGCCCCCAGAGGAGCCAGGUGCCAGCCCUGCCUGCCGCUCGCCCUUCACCCUGCUGCGCCGCCGGCACCAUUGCCGCAGCUGCGGGAAGAUCUUCUGUGCCCGCUGCUCACCACACGCCGCAGCACUGCCACACUACG